AUAUUGGGCCUCGUUUCAUAUUUAGAGGCCAAAGAGGCGCUCCUCGGACUCUUUCGUGCCCUGCUGCUGCUCCUCCUCGAGCUGCUGCUCCGCGAGGGAAGAAGAAGAGUGUGUGUUGCUGUGGCAGCAGACGGGCCCUCCAUUUCCCCGUAAUUCUGAGAGUGCCAGAGCAGUGCCAGGCCCUCCCGGAUUGCAUGACCUGAGCAGGAGCCAAAUGGCAGCCCUUGUUACUAUCUCUGCCUAGAAAGCCAAGAAGCGAUAAGGGUAGAGGCAGCCUUACCAUCGCCUUCUCCUUUCCUCUUUGCCUUGGACAAGAAUGAGAGAGGAUGAACCAAAAAGACACCCGUGUGCAUCUCUUUGCUGGGGGAUGUGCGGGCACUGUGGGUGCAAUUUUGACAUGUCCGCUAGAAGUUGUGAAAACACGGCUGCAGUCUUCCUCUGUUACUCUGUACAUUUCUGAAGUUCAUCUGAAUACUGUGAAUGGUGCCAGUGUUAAUCGUGUUACUAGAGUUUCCCCAUGGCCUCUCCAUUGUUUAAAGAUGAUAUUACAAAAGGAAGGUCCUCGCUCACUGUUCCGGGGACUAGGUCCUAACUUGGUAGGCGUGGCUCCAUCCAGAGCAAUAUAUUUUGCUGCUUACUCCAAUUGCAAGGAAGCAUUGAAUAAUAUAUUGGAGCCAGAUUCUACCCAAGUACACAUGAGCUCAGCUGGAGUGGCAGGUUUUACUUCAGUCACAGCGACCAAUCCAAUUUGGCUAAUAAAGACGCGGUUACAACUUGAUGCAAGGAAUCGUGGGGAAAAGCGGAUGAGCGCUUUUGAAUGUGUGCGCAAAGUCUAUCGAUCAGAUGGCAUUAAAGGUUUUUACAGAGGAAUGUCUGCAUCCUAUGCAGGCAUAUCAGAAACUGUUAUUCACUUUGUUAUUUAUGAGAGUAUUAAGCGAAGACUCUUAGACUACAAGUCUGCUUCUUCAAUGGAUGAGGAGGAUGAAUCUGUGAAAGAAGCAUCUGACUUCAUUGGCAUGAUGAUGGCUGCAGCCACUUCCAAAACAUGUGCCACAUCUAUAGCCUAUCCACAUGAGGUUGUACGAACAAGGUUACGAGAAGAAGGAACAAAGUACAGGUCUUUCUUCCAGACACUAUCUUUGCUUGUACGAGAAGAAGGCUAUGGCUCUCUCUACCGUGGUCUAUUAACACAUUUGAUUAGACAGAUUCCAAACACAGCUAUAGUGAUGUCUACCUAUGAAGUGGUAGUCUACUUACUCAAUGGAUAGCAAUACUACGAGCUAUCCUUAAGAAAAUGGAAGACCAAAAAGCUUGCAGUGGACCAUGAACUCUCAGUGUGGUAGGUAGGAGGAAAAGCCUAUCAAGAAUAUGCAGCUGUGGACAAAAUGGAAGCUUGAUGAUAGGCAAUCAUGCUAACUCAUGCUGCCUUAUCAUAUGGCAUCUUUUCACAAUGUGAUAAUCUGGAGCUACUCCCAAGGAAUUGCCUUUGAAAACCUCAUAUUUCUACACUGCAACUUUCUCCAGUUGUGUCAACUUUCCUAAUGCAAUGCAGUGAGCAUCAACAACAUGGUUGUGAACAAGGAAGGGUCUUAAUACGUGUUCCUAUUACAAGGCAUACAACUUUUCAGUUCUUGUUCAUUGCUGAUUUUAAAUUCACUUGGUAUUUUACUGCACAGUAAUAUGUUGGAAGGUUGUAUCUGUAUCUGGUUAAAGCGGAUCCAUAAUCAGUCAUGUCUGAAGCUCCAUUUUGCAGUUGAGAAUAAAAUGAAAGUUGAAGAUUCAUGUUAAGCUUCCCAUUUUACUACCUCAGGGUAUCUGACAGGGAGAGCUGGGUUUCUGUCUACAAAAAAGGUGGCCUUUAGUUAGGCAUGGUGGGGGCAGCUGGAAACUUUAAAAAAAGAAAGAAAGAUAAAUCCAGUUGCUUUAAUAUUGGACCCAGGGGUGCCUAGUGUUGAAGGGCCAUAGUGUUUUAAAUGUCCUAAGUAUUUGUGCCCUGUGGAAAGAGCCUUAAGACGAUCCACCUGAAAUUGAAACAGAUCAUGUCUUCUCUUCUCUCGGGCUACUUACACACUGUGCCCAUAAAUCCCACUCCAACAAGGCCAUCAUCCUUAACAGAGUUAAUUAAGGCACUCCUACCUACUAGCUAUGAAUGCUAGGCUUGAUGUGUUGGUAUAGCUUUUAGUGUGUUGCUUUCAGUCCCUGAGAACCAGCAAACAGGAUGUCCUUAAAGAGCAGGAUAUGAAAUGUUCAGUCAACUUGGCAUUGAACAAGCUGCAUUCAUCAGUGGCUUGUUCCUGCAGUAUUUAACCUAACACUGCAAUAACUAGAGUACCAGAACUCUACUAGAUUUUGAGAAACAUGUAGGAUACAUCUUGUGCCAUGUCAAAGUGCUAAUAUUGUGGAUUUAAUAUCAAACCAGAGGAGAGAAAUGAUGACUGAAUACCUUGAGUUCAAGAAUUCCUUUUUGCUUUAUUAUUUGCUUCAUCCUGAAGCACUCUGCAAAAAGACCGUAUAAGUGGAACCUUCUACAUUUUCAGAAUAUUUAUAAUUUUGAAAAUCAGUUUUAACGUGAGUUGUACAAUAUGCUCUGCUAUUUUAAGAGCAAGUCUUGGCUUAUUCAUGCUGCAUCUUUUUACAAAGCAACUUUUUGAAAAUAUUGGCCAACAAGAUGUGCAGUUAUAACAUCUCAAUUAGAACUUGAGGCAUUGCUGCUACAGACUCAGAAGCAGCAGUGUCCCUGUAAAGAACCAGCAGUAGCGCUGCCAGUGCUACUGCAGGUCUUGCCAUUCGUGUCAAUGGGAAUAAAUACGGUAACGCUAGUAGCACUGCCACCAGUUCCCUACAGCAGCGUUGCUGCUUCCGGGUCUGAAGUAGCAGCACUGCAAGUUCUAAUGAAUAUAUGAGAACUGUGCAUCAUGUCAGCCAUUGCAAAUAAUCUAUUUCUUAGAAAGAUAAUAAAAUGUUUCAUGUUCUGCAACUACAGUGAAGAAACCUCCAUCCUAACUAGUUGGUAGCUUCAUAAUUUACUGUUGCCUCUCUAGUUUAAACAAGGAAUGACUCCAGGGUAAAUUUGUCCAUGUGCAUUUUGUGCAAUGACUCUGUCCUAAUAACACAGCCCUCCUUGUGCUUCAUAACUUUAUUGACUUGCAGCUCCCCCCACCUAAGAUCCUAGGGCUCAAUCCUGCUGCAUCCAAGCACUCUUAAGGCCCAAUGAGGACUGUGGAAAAGUGUACUUAAAUUGAAGUCAUUGGGGAUUUAAAAUGCUUCAUAUUGGCAUGGUUGUACCCCAUGUUAUCUUUGGUCCCCUGUCUUUUGAAUCAGUGCUUAGCUAAUGCAAAAUAUAAGAUUUUAUUCACCUUUUGAUCCUGUUUGGCCUAUGCCAGACAUAAUUCUUGAAGUCUUUGGUUCGGAAGAGUUUUCAGUAUUUCUCCUUAUUUGGCCACUUGUGAAGCACAGUGACCCCUGCCAGAUCUUUUCUGAAGGGAACACAUAAGAUGGCUUACUUUCCCUAAUGUUGUACGUGAUCUCAUUUGAGCCCAUUAUACAGUACACUUGGCAGUGUAUUCAUUCUAGUUCAAGGAUGAAUAUGAAAACCUAUUUAAAGGAGCUUUCCCCCAAUGACCUCUGUUUUAAGUUAGUUCUUUCCUGCUUCUAAAUAUUGGUAGCAAAGAUCUUACUGCUGCCUCAAUGAAAAAGAAAUGUCAGGUGAAUAUAGAGGCUAAAUUGUGUAAUGUAAUAUUGUUUUAUAACGCAAGCAGAAUUACUUCAUUUUAAAAUGUGUUUUUUUAAAAAAAUUCUGAGCUCAGGUGGAUUUGGACGAUCAAAUUGUUUUCCAUUGUGCAAUUAUUGUAAAGUCACCAUGCUGGGAUUCCAAUUGAAGUAAAUUAUCUGAUGGUUUCAGGACACCAGAUUCCUUUUGGACAGUUGGCUCAAUCUAGCUUACUAAAAACAUGAGCGAUCCAAGUCCAUCACAUUAGCCCCUCUCAGAAACAGAGUAUCCCUCUGGAUGUCUACUUGAAAAUCAGAAGCUGUGUUAAUCCAGGGUUUCUUUGAUCCAACUGACAAACAAUCAGUAUGUUCAUAUAGAACUCUGAGAUUAAUAAGGAUUGUUUUUGUGUCACUAGGGAAUGCUGUUGGACAUUCUGAGUUCAUGAUUUUGCCUGACUUAAGGAACAUCCUUAAGCUUCUUGUGGCUUCAAUACCAGGUUCCCAUUCAUAGUCUGUAUAUUGUGUUUUGGUGGUUGUGCCCACGCAUAAGGAAGAGAGGGUUGUGUGAUGAAAAGUGAAUAACUACUCCUGAACCUCUCUGUCAUUACUUAGGUCAUGAGGUAGAGGGGAAAUUCAGGUGAACCAGUCCCCUGAUAGUGUGCCAGGACAUCCUCCGGUAAUAUAUUCUCCGGUGCAUGUAUUCUCAGUGGGGACCCCAAACGGAUUUUGUGUUUUGGCAAGUGUCUCAUUCUAACCAUCUUCUAGACCAGGCCUGCUCAACGUAGGCCCCCCAGCUGUUUUUGGACUACAACUCCCAUAAUCCCCAGCCACUGUAGCCAGUAGCCAGGGAUUAUGGGAGUUGUAGGCCAACAUCUGCAGGAGGGCCGAAGUUGAGCAGGCCUGUUCUAGACAAAACAAUAACAACUGGUUAAUGCAUUCUCCUUGCUGAAAUCAGUGUGCCUAAUCCAGAAGUUGAUUGCUUUUGGUGUAGCUACUGAUUCUAAUACCAGAGUAUGAUAGCCUCAUAUGCUUCUUAUCCUUAUCAACUGAAGAUGGGUAAUUGGUCUCCUCUUACUAGUCUUCUGGUCUUCUUCUCAGUCUUCACAUCUGGUUGUAGUGUCUCAUGAGGUGAAUUUUUUUUUCAUUGUAACUAUUUAACCAAUUAUAUAUAUUUAAAUCUUUGGAUACCUCUGAAAUGUUUUCCAAAGAGACUUAAGCAUAGCUUUUCAUAUAUUACAAGAAGAAAUGUUUAAUGAAAGAGAGGAGCUAAUAUAACACAGAGAAGAGUUUCUUUUUGCUUUUAAUUGUGAUUUGACUAUAUUCCUAAGUAAACUGUAUCCUUAAAUAUCCUUGGAAAUUCAUUAUUUGAGAACUUUUUCACACACACAGUUUAAAUACUACAAUUGAAAACUUUCUACUUUAUACUUGGAACAAUAGUUUACAGUGCAGUAUGUAGAUGGUAAGCCUGACCAGAAGGUGGCACUAUAGCAACAUAUCACAAUAGACAAUGAAUACACCUUUAAAACUAUACCUGGUGUAUCAAAUUUUCUUUAAAUGAACUGUACUUAAAUACUUGGUUUAGUGCCAUAAACAUCAUGGGAACAAGCCAUAGUAGAUUCUCUGUACUUAAGAUUAAAAAAAUUCAACAUAAAAACAGCAUAAUAAACAUGCAUCUUGCACAUAAGAAAGUUCUGCUUUGAUCGUGGUUUUGUCUUAAAAACCAAGCUUCAUUCUUGGCUAUGCAUGAAUGACGUUAUAUUUAAAAAAUAAAUAAAUCAGUUCUUGGUUAUGCACUAAUGAUGCAAAAUAAAAAACCGCUAGCACAUACUACUAUAAAUUGCCAUGUUACGGCGUCUGUCUAAAUUUUAUACUUGAGAGUGAGUGUCUCUUAAUAAAAAGGUUUUUCUUCAGUGACUAUGGCUGGGAACCAAAGAGUUACUUUGGGCAUGCUCUAACCCCAACCCCCUUUAUUUUUAAAAGCAGAUUGCCAUGCUAUGUUGCAAACUGCUUUUGAAACUUCCCGUAGUGUAUAAAGUGGUUUCCUUUGUGCCCUAGGGAAUCUGCUGUCUGAGAAACACAGGUCUAAAACUCACUUAGACACAUGGAACUAAUGUGGUCCUUUACAUCUCAACCCAAUAUCAGAAUUUUAUGUUGCACUCCACACAUUUCCUCAGUCCAAGAGAUUGUUGACAUUUUCUUUCUGUUCCUAUUUUUAUUCUUCUCCCUGACAGUUGCAUUCCUUGAAUAACAGUGCUUUAUUUUUUGAAAGAAAAAUAAAGAAUGCAGAAAAUUGACCUGUGCCUAUAUACAUGUACUAAGAAACAAGCAAACAUAUGUAUGUGUCUUUGUGAAUACCUGAAGUUCUGCAUGAUUUCAGUUUUAUUUCAAAAGUCUGCAUACCCUGUAUAUGUGAAUAUCGUUUGAGGCCCUGGGAGUCAUAGCUAUUUGCCACAUCCAAUAUUCUACUGCUCUUGUGAGGUUUGCUGUUGUUCUUGCAUACCAUGUAGUUGGUUGUCAAUGACGUGCUUAAAUACUUUUGUAUUUAUAUUAUAUUGAUAACGUUCAUUUGGACUGUUCAAAACUUCCAAAUACAAUAAAAUGUGCUUAUUCAAACCUGU